AUGGGGUCAUCCUCCCCGUGGGGAGAGGGCCGCAGCGGGGAGAAGGAAUACGGCCCCUGGGACAGAACCCAGAGGCCAACAGAGUCCCCGUUGUCCCUCUGUGGAGGGGCAUCGGAGGGCCUGAGGGUUGCGAUUCCUGGAACAAAGCCCAGGGACCAGCCGACAGAAGCCCUGCUACCCCUCCACAGAGGGCAACAGUGGCCCAAAGAAGUCGGUCUCUGGGGCCUACCCCAGAGACCAACAGAAGUUGUGUUACCCCCCUCAUGGAGGGGCAAACACGGGCCGGGGAAGAUGGCCCCUGAGGUCAGGCCCAGGGGCCACUAG